AUGAGGGUCAAGUCAACGCUCUUUGCGGGUUUGCUAGCCCUAACAACUGCCCUCGCCACCCCAACCAGGCUUACCGUCACCCCAUCCCUGGUCGAGCGCGACUCUGCAGCAAUCGUAAGCAAAGUCGCCCAGAUCAACGACCAAGUCCUCUCCCUGGGCUCUGACAUCGCGGCUUACACUGGCGGCGACACCUCCGCUAUCGAGGCAACUUCCACCCAGCUCGUCGCCCUCAUCAACGAGGGCACGCAGAUUACCCUUGCCGGCGACGCACUUACCGGCCUCGAAGCCAUAGAUCUCGUCAACCCGAUUCUGGCUUUGACGAGCAACGUGGAUACAACCAUCUCUGCGCUGAUUGAUAAGAAGAGCCUUGUUGUUGCAGCUGGUUCGGGACCGAGUGUUUACGCACAGCUGACCGCGCAGUUGGCGGCUGCCAAUGGGUUUGCUCAGGCCCUGAGCAGUAAGGUCCCGGCGGAGCUGGAGGAAGUCGCCAACGAGCUUUCAGCGGGCAUUGCGGCGAGUAUCCAGAAGGGAAUUGAUGCGUACGCCGAUGUCGCUACAACUACAACAACUACGACUACCACAACCACGGCCACAACGUCCAGUACGAUGACUACUACGACCACAACGCCGAGCACGACAACUACGACGACGAUGACGUCGACUCCGACAAGUACCACGACAACCACGUCGAGCACUACGACUACGACCACCCCUGGCACCACAACCACUGAUGCCAGCACGACCACCCCUCCUACUACUAGCUCUUCGACCACGUCCGAGCCCUGCUCAACUAGUACUGAGUCUCACUCCUCUUCCUCUUCCUCCUCCUCCUCCUCCUCUUCUUCUACUACUACUCCCUGCGAAACCACCACGGAAGGACCCAAACCUACUACCACUCCAUGCGAGACGGAGACCAACACACCUCCGCCUUCAAGCACUACUACUCCAUGCGAAACAGACACAGAGACAGCCAAACCUACUACCACUCCAUGCGAAACGGAGACCAGUACACCUCCGCCGUCGAGCACUACUACUCCAUGCGAGACAGACACAGCCACAGCCAAGCCUACCACCACCCCUUGCGAGACGGAGACCAAGACGCCUCCGGCAUCAAGCACGACUCCGUGCGAAACAGAGACUGCAACUCCUCCGCCGACCUCCGAGCCCAGCGAGACAGAGACGGAGACACCUACCGGUCCCGGAACUAAGCCUUCGGGCCCAGAACCGACCGGUGCCCACCCUACAAUCCCAACGGGCACUUCCCCAGCACCCACCGGUGGAGAUACGGUUGAACCUGAGUUGCCUACCCACACUAAUACUAGUCCCAACGCUCCGGGGGCUACUGGCGGAGCAUCGGGGGAAUCUGGUGCCAACCCUCCUGCCGGUACCGAUACUAGCCCCGAGGCUCCGUUGUUUACUGGCGGUGCGGCGAUGAAAUCGGUCGCCUCUUCUCUUGUUGGUGCGAUGGUGCUCGGUAGUGUGCUUGUGGUUCUCUGA